CUCGGUUCACCUUCUGCUUCCAGACCACUCCCUGGAGCGCUUCCUCGGCAGAACUUCAUGUAUGCUUACUCCUUGAUUCGAGCGGAUUACAUACCGUCCACCAGACCAAGCCGCAUCACGGAACAUCAUGCUGACGAUUGCUCUGCUAUGUACCGUUGCCACUGCUUUCGUGCUUUACCUUCUCAUAUCGUCGGUGUCUACAAGGCGUCGCCAUGCUGCAGCCGCAAGUCAGCUCGGCUGUAGACCAGCACCCACAGAAUACAACCCGGAUCCACUGGGGCUUGUGAACUUGAUCAAGACUCUACGGGCAAACAACAAGAGUCAAGUACUCGAGUACAUCCGAGGCGUGUUCGACGAUGUGUCGCUACGCAUGAACAAGACAGUCUAUUCUUAUGACACGUACAUUCUGGGCGACAGGGUUUUCUUUACGUGCGACCCAAGGAAUAUCCAGGCCCUUCUGGCUACUCAGUUCAAGGAUUUUGAGCUGGGAAAAGUCCGCAUAAGCGCAUUUGCUCCGUUACUUGGCCACGGCAUCUUUUCGGCGGAUGGGAAGCAAUGGGAGCACUCUCGCGCUCUUCUACGACCCCAAUUCUCUCGUGAUCAGGUUAAGGACUUGGAUCUGGAAGAGAAGCAUGUACAAAACUUGCUCAGCGCACUCCCUGUGGAAGCAGACUGUUGGACGAGCACCACCGACAUUCAACCUCUGAUAUCCCGAUUCGCCAUGGACUCGGCUAGCGAAUUCCUCUUUGGAGAGAGCACAAACAUUCAACUCUCUGCACUCUCCGAGGAGGCCGCGGCAAAAAAUGCUGAAGACCGCGCCUUUGUGGAAUCUUUCGAGGCCUGUCAAGACCGCAUGGCCAAGGCGCUCUUGCUAAACGAAUUCUACUGGGUGAUGCUGACGAAGAAGCAUAGAGAUGACUGUCGAUUGUGCCAUCAAUACAUCGACCGAUUUGUGCACAAAGCUCUAGGCCGCGACGGAAAGCAAGAUCCCGUCGAGAGCAGCAAAAAAGAAAAGUACGUCUUUCUUGAGAACCUUGUCCACGAGACUAGAGAUCCUAUCGAGAUUCGUAAUCAACUUCUGUCGAUUCUUUUGGCCGGGCGCGAUACCACCGCCUCGUUGCUGAGCUUCUUGUUCCUCAUGCUGGUCCAACAUCCUGAGGUAUUUAACAAGCUACGAUCAAUCAUUCUUGAAGAUUUUGGAACUUUCAAAUCGCCAAAAAAUCUCACUUUUGCGAACUUGAAGGCUUGUUCAUAUUUACAAUGGUGUAUAAAUGAGACCUUGAGGCUUUACCCUAGUGUGCCUCUCAAUGGACGGCGGUGCACAAGGGACACCAGCCUGCCUUUCGGGGGUGGCGAAGACGGCCUUUCGCCCGUUUUUAUACCGGCUGGAACAGAGAUUGCGUAUUUGGUGUAUGUAAUGCAAAGGCACCCUGACUUCUGGGGCCCAGAUGCGGAUAUGUUCACACCGGAGCGGUGGCAGAACCACAAGUAUGGCUUCGAGUAUCUACCGUUUAACGGUGGGCCAAGAAUCUGUCUCGGACAACAGUUUGCUUUGACAAAGGCCGCAUACGUAAUUGUUCGCCUCCUACAGCGCUUCGACAAGCUCGAUGGAUCAAGCGUACCUCCAGGGCCGAUCAAAUGGGCCGUAACCUUAACUGGCAAGCCCAAGGACGGAGUCAGGCUGCGGCUGCAUGUUGCAGCUGAAGACUAGUACGCCUUCGCUGGCGUCAGUUGGAUGGUAAAGCAUUGCAUCCAAGCAGGAGUUGGCAAGUGAGUGUUGCGUGUUCAAGACGGCUUCAAGGUAAGGGCAGGGAGUCUGCCUAGUUCCCCGAAGCCCAUCUGAAACAGAUGCCUACCUACCUUAAUCUAGCCGAGAGGCAGGUAUAGCCGAUCGUAAGGGGCCAGAAUAAGCACUAGCCCCCAUUGUACUAACGUAGUAUUUGCUCCGGGGGUGCUCAGGGAGCGCUCACUCAAUGCUCAGGUUAAAGCGGCCUUCGCUCACCCUCUAGAAGCCAACCGUAAAUGGCAACGAGUAACCUGGCACGCU